CAACAUUCCCUUCACGAAAUCCCCCUCUUCCUCUUCCCCUUCCUCACGGCACGAACGCCAACGACAGCGACGAUUCCAUAGACGACGACAGCGACGCGACCUCGAUGGCAAAAGCAGAAAACCACUAUGAUGUCGUGAUUGUCGGUGCAGGCAUUGCAGGAUGCGCUCUGGCACACGGGCUGUCCACCCUCCCUUAUCGUUCCAAGCGCCUGCGGAUAGCCCUCCUCGAACGCUCCCUCGCCCAACCCGACCGCAUCGUCGGCGAGCUGCUCCAGCCCGGCGGCGUCAUCGCGCUCAAACAGCUCGGUCUCGAAUCAACAGUGGAGGGCAUCGACGCCAUCCCCGUCAAGGGUUACUGCGUGCUCAAGCAGGGUCAAUCAGUGCAGAUUCCGUACCCGUCUGGCUUUGAGGGCAGGAGUUUCCACCAUGGGAGGUUCAUCAACAACCUACGCAAAGCGGCGAAGCAGGCCAAAGGCGUCGACGUGAUUGAGGCGACUGUCACCGACCUCAUCCAGGAGGAGGGAAACCCCAAACAUAUCAUCGGUGUUACUGCUUCACGGAAGGAAGAGGGGUCCACAGAAGCUGUCAAGGUCCAAUACCACGCCGACCUCGUCGUCAUUGCCGACGGGUGCUUCUCCAACUUUAGGACAUCGGUCAUGGGCGAGUCUGGUUUCAAGCCAACGACGAGGAGCCACUUUGUCGGUGCGGUCCUGGAAGAUAUCAGGCUACCUAUUCCUCAACACGGAACUGUCGCAUUGGUACAAAACUCUGGCCCAGUUCUGUUCUACCAAAUCGGCCAACGGGAAACCCGUAUGCUGGCAGACGUCAAAGCUCCUCUCCCGAAAGACCUCAAGGGCCACAUCCUCACCCACAUCGCCCCUCAACUCCCUUCAACCAUCCAAAAAGCCGUCGAAACCGCCCUCCACAAAGACCGCCUCCGCCAAAUGCCCAACUCCUUCCUCCCUGCCGUCGACCAAAACGGGCCGGGCUGCAAGAACGGCGUCGUCCUGAUUGGCGAUGCCUGGAAUAUGCGCCAUCCUCUGACAGGCGGUGGAAUGACGGUUGCGCUAUCGGACGUGGUCAUCCUGCGUGAUCUUAUCGGAACCAUACCCGAUCUGAGCGACGUACCGAGGGUGAGCAAGGUGCUGAACACUUGGUUUUGGAACCGGAAACCGCUCGCUUCGACGGUUAACAUUCUUAGUUUUGCGCUGUAUGACUUGUUCGGCGCUGAUGAUGAUAACCUCGAAGUUCUAAGAACAGGCUGCUUCAAGUACUUCGAACGGGGCGGAGAAUGCAUCAACGGACCGGUAUCAUUACUCUCCGGAAUCGCCCCCUCGCCCGUCCUCCUUUUCAACCACUUCUUCUCCGUCGCCUUCUACUCCAUCUGGGUAAUGUUCACGCACCCCCGCCCAAUCGCACCUUCUCCCUACGCAAACGGCGACGCCAAACCCACCCUCGCCGCGCCCCGCCUCUACGAGUACCCCGGCCUCCUCAUCAAAUCCUUCCGCGUCUUUUGGACUGCAUGUAUCGUUUUCGGACCCCUGUUGUGGACCGAGGUGCGGUGGUGGUCGCCGUCGGAUACGAAGAGGAGGAAUAAAAUCUUUUGGUUGACGGUGUUGCCUGUGGUGGUGUUUGCGGCGUUUGUGGCUGCUGUGUAUGCCAAGGCGGUGCAGUUGGGCGCGUUGGAGGGUGUACCGGUGCUCGGUAAUGCGUCGUAUUAGAUCGUUUUGUUUGAUGUAUUGUAUUAGUACAACUAUACCUCUAGACCACUAUUACUAUUCGUUAUUUCAUUGUUGGAUAUAUAGCUUAAUUUCUAUACAUGCAACCAUUUA